AUGGACCUAUGAGUCCAACCAGUCAACAAGGGUUGCUGCAAGCAGACUUGGACAGUUCGACCUUACCUUUCUACGGGAAAAAUUACCUGUCACUACAUUGAUGUCUGCACAGAAAAGAUUUGAAACUGAUUAAACAAGGACAUGCACACAUUACGUAAAUGAGAUUGGACAAAUAUUGGGAAAUGCCUUCAUUUAACGCACUACAACACGAAUGAUCAGAAUCAACAACUUUCUGAACACUGUGGAUUGUUUUAGCUCGUGUGCAGCAAUCAAAUAAUACAAAAAAAUGUCUCGAAUUUGCGACGGACACGUUGUGCUGAGAGCCUGCUGUGUAGUGUUGCUAAUUCUAAUACAUUCGAAACUGAUCACAGCGAAGAAAACGAAACAGCCAGGGUUUGACCGUCCAACCCGAGGAGAUACAUGGGAGGAUUCAUUGUCUGGCUGUGAAGGUAUGAACUUUAUUUGAUCUCUCAGUUUUGUUGCUGUUGGGUGUCAUUUCCUGAGAACGCUUUAGUCAAUGCUUGAUUAAUGGUUUAGCCGAGUUUUUUAACAAUUAUUUUUAUAACAGCUUGGAAUGAAUGUAUGUGGUCCUACACGGUACAUCUAUAUAUGUAUAAUUUGCCAGCAAGGUUCAAACACCACCACCACCACGCAGGCUAUAUAUAGAUAAUGAGUUCACUAGCGCGCAAAAUAUAAUUCCCGAUUACUACGCCAAAUCAUUUAUAUUUUUUUUAAUAACGCAACUUCGUUUGGUGCGUAAUAUUUUUCGAUAAAUGAAAUCGUCUCAAUUUAAGGAUGGUUAAAAAAAAAAUAUUCAGUUUUAAAAGUGUUUGGGACAUCAGAAUAUUUCAUAGAGUUCAUGGGCGUGGAAAAAAAAAGGGGGGGGGGGGGGGGGGGUAGCGAAAAUUGGAAUGCAUAAAUGUGCGAUACUUGAGUUCAUGUUUUGUCAAGUAACCUUAGUAGAUGGGAAGUUCACACAUUGCCGUCGCCAAUGUUUGGUGGGCUAUAACUAGUUGUAAUUAAAUGAAGAAUCACUAAACGCAGUGCUCGUGUCGGCUGUUAGUUGUGCUAGGUUCUGGUUCUAGGCCUAUGAUUAGUGAAAGAGAUCACGUUAAGAUGGUGUAUUGGUGAAAUGGGCCUGCUUGCAUGGAAAUAAACCUCUAAAAUAGUAAAGUAAUUUUUUUUUUCAAGUUAAGUAUUUACAGAUGACAUGACUCCUCCUCCUCACCCGCCCCCGCCCAUCACCUACCCGUCCCUGAACGCUGUCACAGAGUCUCCUCCUGUGUCAUACCCACAAUGCCCCGCUCACUCCAUUAUCCCCCAAUGCCCCGCCCAUGCUCCUUACCAACCCUAUCCAGCAUUACUCUCUUGGACCCCCCCCCCCACUGGGAGGUGUACAGUGGACAGAGUGGAGCCACGCGAUGACUGGCCUCCAUAAAAACGGAUCGGGUUAAUAUCAGUGUCGCGCUGUAACAAGGUUACACUACGUUAUACAAUGGAAUAAGCUCACAGCUGCUUAAAAGUAAGUCACUAGCCUUGCACCAGUAAAUCUUCAAAAUGAUCGCCUGGAUUCAGAUGAGCCGAAGAAACGUCAAGUUCCAGAAAGCUGCUCGUGCAGGAACAUUUCAGUCGCAGUAUUGGAUCGGAGGCAAAGCAAAAGUGCAAUGGAUACCGAGCCAGCAAACGUUAGAGGCAAAGAAAGAGCAGGCACCCUAGCAAAAGCCGGGGCUACCUAGCCUCGGCCAGAAGCGCCGGUCACUUAUCUCGGUGUUAAAAGCUGACUGGCAAACUAUUUUCGAACAAAAUCGGACAGGCAGUGGGCAUACAGGAGCACGAAAGCCAGAUGUGUAUUUGUUAACAUACCGCAUCCUAGCAGACAGAAUCCCUGGUGGAAGUUAGGUCACGGACAGCAGAGCUUAGUGACCCAAAUAAGAACCGAGCACUGCCCUACAAACGCAUAGUUUAACCAGCUAGGCAACGCCAGGGACCCGACCUGUCGGCAUUGCAGCCUGGUCCCGGAAACCUUAGCACGUCUGUUGAAUGCCCAGCUCUAGUUGUCGCGGUGGAGGCCAGAGCGAGGGGAGAAUCCCACGUUUCGACAAUGGCAGAGCCCAGCACUUGGAGUGGGUUGCAAAUGUACUAACCGGAGCUUUAAGAGCGUAAGCUCAAGUCAGUCAAGUCUCAACCAGAAUAUGUGUGUAAGUCAGUCGCAGUAUCAUCGUUUCAGUUCGAUGCGUGUGUAAUUGGAAAAAUAAGUGUUGUACUUGUUGAACCCGAGGCCAAUAUUAACGUUGAAUAUUACUGUGAUCAUGCUUUACGCCGAAACAUUCAUUGAAACGGUCUAGUUGUGAUCAGUCAGGGACAUAUCACCUUCAUCUUGUUGCCACCAAUCAGGAGCAUAUCACCUUCAUUGAAACGGUCUUGUUGCCACCAAUCAGGAACUUAUUACCUUCAUUGAAACAGUCUUGUUGCCAUCAAUCAGGAAAAUGUCACCUACAUUGAAACAGCCUUGUAGCCAUCAAUCAUGGAAUUAUCACCUUCAUUGAAAUAGUCUAGUCAGGGAAAUAUUCCUUUCAUUGAAACAGUCUUGGUCCCACCAAUCAGGGAAAUAUUUCCUUCAUUGAAACAGUCUUGUUGCCAGGGAAAUAAAAAAAAAAAAGUCGUUGCCACCAAUCAGGGAAAUCACCUUCAAUGAAUCAGUCUUGUUGCCACCAAUCAGGGAAAUAUCACCUUCAAUGAAUCAGUAUUGUUGCCACCAAUCAGGGAAAUAUCACCUUCAAUGAAUCAGUCUUGUUGCCACCAAUCAGGGAAAUAUCACCUUCAAUGAAUCAGUAUUGUUGCCACCAAUCAGGGAAAUAUCACCUUCAAUGAAUCAGUCUUGUUGCCACCAAUCAGGGAAAUAUCACCUUCAAUGAAUCAGUAUUGUUGCCACCAAUCAGGGAAAUAUCACCUUCAAUGAAUCAGUCUUGUUGCCACCAAUUAGGGAAAUAUCACCUUCAAUGAAUCAGUCUUGUUGCCACCAAUCAGUCCCGAUUUAAACCACGUCUAUUUUUCCAUUUGGUGAGAUCUGUAAUAAAAAGUUUACAUUCAGCGCAAAUUGAACAUAGUUGAUCAGUUGAAACUGUCAAUAUUUGAGGAAUGGAUAGCACAGUUGAUCAGUUGAAACUGUCAAUAUUUGAGGAAUGGAUAGCACAGUUGAUCAAUUGAAACUGUCAAUAUUUGAGGAAUGGAUAGCACGGUUGAUCAGUUGAAACUGUCAAUAUUUGAGGAAUGGAUAGCACAGUUGAUCAGUUGAAACUGUCAAUAUUUGAGGAAUGGAUAGCACAGUUGAUCAGUUGAAACUGUCAAUAUUUGAGGAAUGGAUAGCACGGUUGAUCAAUUGAAACUGUCAAUAUUUGAGGAAUGGAUAGCACGGUUGAUCAGUUGAAACUGUCAAUAUUUGAGGAAUGGAUAGCACGGUUGAUCAAUUGAAACUGUCAAUAUUUGAGGAAUGGAUAGCACGGUUGAUCAAUUGAAACUGUCAAUAUUUGAGGAAUGGAUAGCACGGUUGAUCAAUUGAAACUGUCAAUAUUUGAGGAAUGGAUAGCACGGUUGAUCAAUUGAAACUGUCAAUAUUUGAGGAAUGGAUAGCACGGUUGAUCAAUUGAAACUGUCAAUAUUUGAGGAAUGGAUAGCACGGUUGAUCAGUUGAAACUGUCAAUAUUUGAGGAAUGGAUAGCACGGUUGAUCAAUUGAAACUGUCAAUAUUUGAGGAAUGGAUAGCACGGUUGAUCAAUUGAAACUGUCAAUAUUUGAGGAAUGGAUAGCACGGUUGAUCAAUUGAAACUGUCAAUAUUUGAGGAAUGGAUAGCACGGUUGAUCAAUUGAAACUGUCAAUAUUUGAGGAAUGGAUAGCACGGUUGAUCAAUUGAAACUGUCAAUAUUUGAGGAAUGGAUAGCACGGUUGAUCAAUUGAAACUGUCAAUAUUUGAGGAAUGGAUAGCACGGUUGAUCAAUUGAAACUGUCAAUAUUUGAGGAAUGGAUAGCACGGUUGAUCAAUUGAAACUGUCAAUAUUUGAGGAAUGGAUAGCACGGUUGAUCAGUUGAAACUGUCAAUAUUUGAGGAAUGGAUAGCACGGUUGAUCAGUUGAAACUGUCAAUAUUUGAGGAAUGGAUAGCACGGUUGAUCAGUUGAAACUGUCAAUAUUUGAGGAAAGGAUAGCACGGUUGAUCAGUUGAAACUGUCAAUAUUUGAGGAAAGGAUAGCACGGUUGAUCAGUUGAAACUGUCAAUAUUUGAGGAAUGGAUAGCACAGUUGAUCAAUUGAAACUGUCAAUAUUUGAGGAAUGGAUAGCACGGUUGAUCAGUUGAAACUGUCAAUAUUUGAGGAAUGGAUAGCACGGUUGAUCAGUUGAAACUGUCAAUAUUUGAGGAAUGGAUAGCACAGUUGAUCAGUUGAAACUGUCAAUAUUUAAAGGAAGGAUAGCACGGUUGAUCAGUUGAAAAAGUGUUCCAGGUUUCCGGUUGACAAGUCUGUUGUGGCUUGCCGAUUAGGAAGCGUCGGCCACCGACCCCCUCAGCGUUUGCCUGGAAACAUAACUACUGGGCACGCCCCGCGUGGGCAGACAAAGGGUGUGAUCGGUACCUGCCGUACAUAAAACAGCUCCCACAGGGCUGCCGGUUGUGAUAUUUCGCAGUCGGAAUAACUGCGAAAUUACAAAACAAUUGCAACAAUAAUUAAACCAUAUAUUAUACAUUUGUCUCAAUUUUUUGGCCCACCCUGUAAUCAUAUAACAUGUGUCAUGAUGUGUGUUCUUAAAAAAAAUUUAAAAAAAGCAUGCACUUUGCUUUCCUCGAGCCCCUGUGAUUGUCUCUAGCUCCAUUUUCUGACCAUCAGUCCAGCUGUAACUUAACAUAAUCGUUUUCUUUUUUCACGGCAUCCGUUUGUGUCGUCCGCUUGGUUUUUUUUUCUGACCAAUUCCUAGAUAGAUACUGGAGCUAGUUUGGUGGGGUAAAAAAACGUGACUGUUGAUGUUGUGGCAUUUUGUAGCAAUAUUCUCUAAUGCAAAUAUUUGCUCUGUUAGGAAACUUUUUUUAUUUUUUAGAAGUAGAAGCUUUUAAUUAUUAAUUAUCUUCACAUUGUACAUGAGAAAUGCAUAUUCUAUAUGCAAACUGCCUACAAGUGCUUUAACAGUAAAACAUUGGGGGUGGGGGGGGGGGGGUUCAUUGCAGUCAGACUGUUCCGACAUGCACCCUUGCGAUCACCUGUUAGAUUCUAGCCACUGAAAACUUCUACCAGCAGCGGCCUGACUAGGGUUCCGAAACGAAUGUUCGUUUCAACUAGGGGGGGGGGGGGGGGGGUUCAUUGCAGUCAGACUGUUCCGACAUGCACACUUGCGAUCACCUGUUAGAUUCUAGCCACUGAAAACUUCUAACAGCAGUGGCCUGACUAGGGUUACGAAACGAAUGUUCGUUUCAACUUCUUAACUUGGAAAUUAAAAAUAUGAAUGCUAAAAAUAGGCAUUGUUAAUCUGGUAACGGUUGGUAUGGGCAUUGAACUCAUUGAGUGAGGAUCAUCCAGGGUCGCAAUUCCUAAUAAUGUUUGUUAAAACAUAAUAAAAUGAAUGUUGCGGUACAGACUUUUGUUUCCCAUCAAUUACGGUAACAACUAUUCCAAUGAAACAGAUUUUACUCUUAUGAAGAGGAGUUAUGUUAUUCUAAUAGGAGAUUAGUUGUCCAGUGGGACAGAAGAAAGAGGCCGAUUGUGGGAGACGUGUUGCCUUGUAGGAUUCUGGGGGGAAGAAGAUAUUGGCCAACUGUAGGAGAGUGGUAUCUUUUGGCAGCGAACAAGGCCAUGCGAGGGGGCCACCCAUCUGGGGGCCAUCUUCAGAUGGCGAAAAUUCAUAAUUUUUAAUGCGGAAUGUGUGGAUUAACGUAUAAUUUUGGGGAAAGAGGGCCCCCUAAAUUCAAAGAUUACCACGGGAGCCAUGGGCGCCCGCAGGUAGGGGCAAGGUGGGGCACUUGCCCCCCCCCCCCGGAUUGAAUGGAUAAAAAAAAUUUAGACAAAAAUAGACAAAAUAUUUAUUAAAGUAAAGAGAAAGUAAAGAGAAAGUAACUAAGCUGAUGUCCUGUCCGUUCGUUCACCAUAAAAAUACGCUACAGUAAAUUAAAACUAUAUUAAAAAAAUUACUAAAAAAAUUUUGCCCCCUCCCCCCGGAAAGUUAAUCGAUUCCCCCUAGAAAGAUUUCUGCGGGCGCCCAUGACUGGAGCAGCUUUUGCUUGCUAGCGCCCUGGAAGAGAAGAAAUAUGAGAGAACUGUCAUCUCAUGAACGUGAGCAACGUGUAGACAUUUAAUGUAUAGUGAAGAAGAAGUAUUUAUUCAAUGUAUAUAAGGGGUUUAAAAAGCUCCAAGUUUAUGCUAAAGACCCUUAAUUAUUCAUAGCUUGGGGCGGAUGUCCAAAAAAUGUAAUUUGUGCAUCAGGGGGAGAGUUGUGAAAAUAUGUUGUUGUUUAGCAUGGUACGACAUACUUGUGUAGGGCCCAACGGCUUUUUACUGACCUCAAAUCCAGUUAAAAACAUUUUUUGCCUAAUGAUUGUAUAUUUCGUCAAGAUCACUGGAGUAUUCAUUUUAUCAAUGAUAUCCUGGUUUUAAACACAAGUGUUUUUGAAGUGUUGAUAAUUUUGUUGUUUAAUUUUACAGAUUAAAAUUUUCAUACUAAAAACUGGAAAUAUUUUUUUUUUUUUUAAAUUAAGACUUUCUUUUAAAGACGAGUCUAAACGUAUUAAAAAGAAUUCAAUAAUUUUAAAUUUCUUAAAAUGCAUUACACAAAGGCAGUUUGUGCAUAAUUUAUUUUUAAAAAUAAAAUAAAAAACAUUUAAGUUUCUUCUACAUUUGUAUAAUUCGGAUAUUAUGGCUUUAUUUGAGUGCGUUACUACCCUUCUGUAGGCCUACAUACUUUCUUUGCGUAAUGCAUUUUAAGAAAUUUAAGCUUAUUUUCUAGCUAGCUCCUGAUUACGUAUCCUCAAAUUAGAUCACCCAUUCUGUUUUAAGUGAUGAUUGGUAGCUAAUUUUUCACACCAUCCGAUCUGGCUCCUUUAGCUUCGUUCAGUUCAUAAACUGCGCCUUCGUGUUCGCCGAAAUGAUUAAAAAAUAAAACAAAACAUUUUUUUUUUAAUUGAAAAAAAACACACACAAAAAAACACAUUUAUUAUAUAAGUUAUGUCUUCAUUUGUUUUAACGAUAUUUUCUUUUUAUUUAAUAUUUUUCCUAUAAACAAUUCUUUAAAUUUUAGUGAUUUAAAUAAAAUUUAACCUAUUAACACAAAUUAAAAAAUAUAGAAACAUAAAGAAUGACUCAUAGUCAUUACGCUUUUGAUUAAUUUUAACCUUAAUUCCUCGAUGAAUGCACGCCACUUUAUUGUCAUUUCCUCUCUGCCUCCCUCCCCACCCCCCAACACAACACACACAAAAUCUUCCUGGAAGUAAAUUGUGGUGCUUAAAUUUUAAAACUAGGGUGUCCAGAUUUUGCAACAGAAAAAGAAGGAACAUCAUCUCAUUCAAGCAUUCCAAAAACACGUUUAAACACUCAUCUGGGAGUGUUUGUUAGCAAAGGGAACAAUGAAAUAAUGAAAGAUAUUAGUGAACGAAAUAAGGGCUUGCUCCCUAGUAAAAGUGAAAAGGCAAUUCGUGACAGGAGCGCGAAACGAAGGAAAAUGGGCAAACUCAGGGCAGUUAAAAUCUCCCACUCUUUGAAUUUGAAAAAAACAACUUCUCAAGGCAAGAAACCGGACAAAAAAGUGUUCAAAGGAUACUUACCGAAGCAACUAUUAAACUCAGAUUUCGAAGAUGCUAAAAAUGGGGAUAUGAUUAAUGACAUGCAGAGUGCUCAAGAAGAUGAUGGCUGGAUUUGGGAUAUGCUUGACAGGGAUUUGAAGGUGAGUGGGCUUGACUGUUAAGCUCUGUUACUGAGUAUAGAGCAGUGGUCGGCAAAUCGCGGCUCUCGGGCCACAUGCGGCUCUUUAGCGACCCGAGUACGAAAAACAUGGCACAUGACAGGUUCUUGAAAAGAAAUAAAAGAAAUGCGACUCUCGAUUUUUUAACUUUUUUUUAUCUUCCUGCUGCUGAUUUUUUUUGGCUCUUUUAACUAAUGAAUUUGCCGACCACUGGUAUCGUAUCCGGAAAUUUGUUUUAAAGAAAUUUCGUCGACGGAAAAUUGAUAGUAAUGAUGGACGGAAAUUUGACCGAACGGAAGUUUGGUCGAAUUUUAAUUAUAGUUCACACUAUCAAAUUUUGAUUUAAAUUUCUUUUUGAGCGCAUUAUUUUGUUUUACUAUAUCGUAUAGAGCGUCAAAAAAAAAUUACAAUAAUUUGACAUUGUGAACUGAAAAAAUAAUUCGACCAAAUUUCCGUUCCAUCAAAUUUCCGUCCAGGAAAUUUAUUUCAAGCAAAUUUCCGGUAACCCAUUGGUAUAGAGAAAGGUAGUGCCUUAUCUAUCACACUAUUUUAGUUAGAAAAACAUGUAGGCCUAUGUGAUCUGAAUUUUUUUGUUAGAGUACUGUGCUGAAAAUGUACAACGCAAUUUAAAAAAACAUUUCCAUUUGUUUGGAUCAAUAAAAUAAUCGUAUCUUAUCUUAUUUUACAUUGAACGUAAAGAGUAAAGAAUAUUGGGUUCAACAAUGGCUUCCCCAAUGCUGAUAAAUGAGUAAAAGAAGGGUAUGGGUUGAAUAUUUUAAGCCCCCCCCCCCACCCACCCCAGAUCUAGGUUUAGCUUUGGGCAGCCUUGAGGUUGCAACUAAAGACUAAAGAUAUCAUCAAUAGAUUUAUAGGGAAAGAAAAUGAGGACAAAGAACGUAUCAAAAUUAAUUAAUAAAAUAUAAGAUUUAUUGGAAGAGAAGGAGGGUAGGCUUGUGUUCUGCUUAUGAUGAGCACAAAUAAAAUAUAUAAUAAUAUGUUUCUUUGUUUCACAUUUACAAUAUAGGUAAAGUCUCCAAAUAUAACAAGAAACUAUGAAGAGUUGAUGUUACAUGUGCAUGGAAUUUUUCAGAAAUUUGGAUACUCUAUUCAGAAGGUAAAGAUACAUAUUUUAAUUCCCAUCUAAUGUCACCAAGAAUGCCAGAAAUAUUUUUGUUUUAAUAAUUAUUUGACAUAUAUAAGAAUAACUUGUGAAUGUGCCUGCAUGUUGAGUGUGUAUGUAUGUUCAAUGGGCUUAUAUGUUCAAUUUACUUUAAGAAUUCUUUACUGUUUUGCUCCUUUUGAAAAGUUGUUAUUUUUCUUUAUUUUUUUAUUUGCCAGCUAGACUCUAAAUAUCAAGACAUUUUCAAGGGAACCAGAAACGGCAUUAUGUUGGGUGCAAGACAUGUUGUAGAAAAUCUAAAUAAAAUCAGUGAUGCUAUAUAUGGUAAUAUAUACAUUUCUUGACUUAUUUAUAUAAUAUUUCUAUUUGUAUAUACUUCAGAUAAAUCGGGUGUCCAUAAGUAACAUUUGUCAUUUGCAAUUAUUUAUUUGGUUGAUUGGAAAACAAUUUUUUAGUCCCAAUAAGUUUGUGGAUUACAUAAUCUGUUUUCUAAAACUUGAUGCACAAACCCUGAAAUUGAUAAAAAACUUAUAUUUUUUUAAAUUAUAACCAGUAUUAAGGAUUGUUUAAAUUAGUAAAUUUUUGCCUACAACCACAGACAAGUAUAAUUCCACACAAUUUUAUUUGAGCUACAUUUACUGGCAACGAUGGCUAGAUUUAAAACAGGUCAGAGUGUCCACACUCUUUAUUUUUAGUUAUUCUACAUUACCAAGUACCUAGUAAUAAGCUCACAAUUAUUUUUGUUAAAACAAACUGGUUACUAACUUCAUGUAUUACACAUCAAAUAUUUAAUUAUACCAGGUUCUGUAUUGGGAAUAACCAAUUUCACUAGGAAUUUGUUUGUCAAAGCACAUAAUAAGCAACAUGAAAAUAAAGAUCAGCUCUUGGCAAUUUUGACUGAGCAAGUUAUUGAUGAAAAAGACUUUGGAAACCAGUUAGAUAAGUCUUAUGAGUCACAAAGAAAGUUGGAGCGGACUUUAAGAGAAGUUCAGAAUUUUAAAAUGUAAGUAAAUCUUAAUUAAAAUUAUUGAAGUAGUUCUCUACAACAAUACCCAUGUCUAGAAAUUAAUCAUCAAGAUUCUAAAUGCCCCAAAUCAAAUUGGAUUAAUAUUUAGAAAUAUAACAUUAUUUUUUUUGAUUAGUUAAAAAAUUACAGAAUUAAAAAAUCAUUCACAGGAAAAGCAUGCAGGGGCAAGCCAGAUUAAAGCAAGUGCGACAACUCUUUUCAGAAAAUUAUGAUCAAGCAAUGAUCCGUGACUACUUUAGCUAUCUCAAUGUUACAAUUUUAAGUAUCAAUAGGUGUAUGCGAAAAUCUCCCCCCUUACGAGAAAUAGAGAGGAAAAUGGUAAGUUCCAAGCCAUACAAUUUAAAAUUUGAAGAAAAAAAAACACACAAGAAAAAAACAGAUAUCAAACUGGUUAUCAACUUGAAUUAAAUAAAAUGAUUUGUUUUAAGAAAAUGUCUGUUGUUUUUUUUUCUCUUAAAUUAUCCUAAUUUAUGUUUAAGAAUAAUUGGUACAAAUUAUUUAUAAUUCCUUUAAAAACUGCUAAUAAUGAUCACAUAAUGUAUUUUUUUAGGAUAGUAAAAAUGCAAUCUUUACUCUCAUUGAAACAAAUUCCCUUCCUGAAGAGUUUUUGCUUAUGACGUUUCAAAUCAAUUCUUUCAGAGCAUAUCAGUCAUUUUAAAUGAAGAUUUUGGUGCAGUAGGGGGCUUGCUAAGAAACUCAAGUGACAUCCUUAACAGAGCACUUAUGCUUUUUAGGGUAAUUCUAGACUUUAAUAGACUUCAGAAAAUAUGACCAAUUGUUCAUUCACUUUUCUGUAAUUUGAAAAUUGUCAUAAAAUAAUUCUUUACUAAUAAGAAUUUUUGACUAGUUUUUGCUUGGAAAAAAGCUAAAUGAAUCAGUUUUGAAAUUUAUACAUUGAUAUGUGGGUUAAAAGCAUCAUGAUAGUUGCAAAUUUUUAUGUUCUUAGAUUAAAUUUUAAAAACAAUGUUUUUCAGGAAAUGCAGAGUGCUUUAAUAGCAUCAAAGCUGAAAAAAAUAAAUAGCUAUGAAUUAAGUCAAAAUAAGCCUUGGGUUUUUCGAGAAAAUACAGGACAAAAACUUGUAUGGAAAGCAAAAAGUCAUGCCAAUAACCUAGAGAAUAGAUCUAGUAGUCUGCAAAGGUAUAUUUUAUAUUUCUGUGUGUACUGUAAAAAGUCAGAAUAUUUUACUAAUAAAACAAUAGUAGAAAAUAGGCCUAUUCAUAACAAAAGUUUUUUCAUACACAAACAUUAUUUCUAUUUUGACUUUUGUAAAAGACAUUAAGUGAAAAUGUAAAUAGUUUUCAAGCUUGAUAGUUCAAUUAUUUGACUUGGGUCUAUUGUUUACAAAGCAAAUAUCUUAAUUGCUUAAAUGCACAUUUACUCUCAUCUUAUUGAUGCAUAAUUAAAUGCUUAAUAUCCUUGUCAAGUUAAAACUGUUAUUAAUAAAUAACUUUACAUUUCAGAUAUCUGGCUAGGCCAAAGGCAGUUGAUGUUUUACUCUUGUCAAGAAAUAAUAAUAGCAAUGACUUCCAAAGUUUAAGACGUGUAGCCUUUGAUCUGAAAAGAUUAAUUAAGGUAAAGAUGUUUUGCAACUUAAUAAUGUGCUAAAGGUUGUAAAAUUUCAAAGAAACAAUAUUUUUAAAACAGUAAUGGAUUCAUGGUAUUUUAAAUAAUCUUAUUCCUCAAAGUCAUUUGACACAAUUAUUUAUACAAAAAACUAGACUGAAGGUACUGAAUUUUCUUUUUAGUAAACAUACUAAUGUAGGCGUAACUAAAAUGUCAUGUUAGUUCAUCCAUUGAUUUGACGAGGACCACUUUAUCCCAUAGUUCUGGGGCUGCUUCUGUCUGUGGGUGCCCAGAUGGCUGAUGAGACCUAUUCUGGCCCAAAAUCUUCUUGUGCAGUAAGGGGAAGGGAGAGAUGGGACUUCUCCAGAUUCAGUAGAGACCCGAGCUUUUCUUGAUUUUCUUUAGUAUUAUGCAGCAGCUGUAAAGUUUGAUUUUUUUUGCAUGGAACCUUUGUGUACAAGGAGCACCAAGAUUCACAAUUUUGGCCCCAUUAUAUUUUUUAAACCAGUGUCCAUCAAAAAUCAAUGGUUGUUUUUUUUAGAAUUUCAACAGCGAAUCCUAAGAGCUAAAUAGCCUACACACUGCUGUGACUUCUAAGUUAUAUUUGCUGGCUUUCUUCAACAUGACUUUAAAUAAUCACAAGACACAAAAUAUUGUUGAAUCCUUUCCUUAUAAAAUUAAAGAAAAUUGUUUUUAUCAGCAUUAAAGCUCAAAGAUGAUGUACCAAACAUUAAAAAAAACAUGUAUCUGGUUAUUUCAGGAAAUGUAUUCAUCUCUAGACGUAAUCAGAAAAUACAUUGGAGGUAAAAGCACAAUAACCUUGCCAAAAUCCUGCACAUUGGAACUGGAAGGAUCAGGGGAUGAUAGUUUGGAAAUUUCUAGUGAUUGCAUUAAGGAAGGUAGUGGAAUAACUGAAUUUGAGGACACUCAGAAGUUAAUGCCUGAUGAUGAGGAUUUCUCAUUUAUAGAUGAAUCACAACACAAAGAGGCACAAGAGCUACCACCUCUCAGGCAGCUGACGCUUGAUGUUACAGAUUAUACCUCAAGGCUGUUGAAACAAAGUCAAAAAAUAUACUGGAAUUCUCAAAACUUAAACAACUGGCUUGAUAGUAGGUCAUCAUUAGUUUUUUAAUGAAGCUUUAAAUAAAUUAAUAAUCAUUUCCUUUUUUGUCAAAACAAAACAGAAACAAUUUAAUUGCUUAAAGUAAAAGAGUAUAUUUCAUUUUACAUUGUUGAUUUUGGUAAAGUUAUUAGGAUUUUAUUUUUUAUUUCAAAACCAUCCUAAGUUUAUAAAAUUAUAUUGGAUUCUAAAGUUAUGACAUUCAUUUUUAUAGCCAUAAAAUCAAGAUUUUCAAUGUUGCAAAGAAAUGGGAUCAAACCAAAGAUAUUAAUGGCUGAUGUUGCAGAGAAAUCUAUAAUGUUUCAAGAGAUUAAAACUAAAAUACAGCAGGUUAGGGUACUUAAAAAUAUUUUUUAUUGUUAAUGAAAUUGAUUAAUUAGUUUAUAAAAAUAUCCCAGGAAUAUGAUCAAUUUUAGAAAGAAAGUUUAUAAUAUAAUAUAUGAACCCUUUUACACCUAUAACAUCCAAAAGAGAAUCUGGAACGCCCUUCCUGACACUCAGAAACAGCCAGACGCUGCAGUCUUUCAAAACUGAGUUGAAAACCCAUCUUUUUCACACUUCUGGUGGGAUGUAGUCUACCUCCUUGUUUUCAGCUUGCUCAUAUACCCUCAUUGUAUAUUGGCUUGUAUUGUCCAUUGCUGCAUGUGAUGAAAGACUUCGACUGGUUAUGCUUGUAUGUAGAUUUUAUAUUGUUGAGUUUUGAAUUUUAAUGUGGAAAAAAUAUAGUCAUAAAUUAUGUUGACUUUGUACCAUGCUUCGAGCCUUAAAUAGGGAUGAAGCGUGUUUUUGAAAUGAAAUUUAUUAUUGUUAUUUACAUGGAAGCUAACAUAUCAAUAUGGCACUGAUUUAAGAGUAAUUAUUUUGUUAUAUCAUGAGUAUUUAAAGUAGACUAAUAUUUUGCUUUAAAAAUAUUCAAAAUUAUCAUUUAAGAAAGCAGUCCAAGUACAGUCUUAAUUAUGUAGGAUGGGCUAAAUAAAAAGAACAAAAAGUCUAAAUUUUAGCUAUCUCCAAUUUCUUAAUAUAAUACCAGUAUCUAAAAAAUGUACCAGUCAGUCAUAAAAUUGAUUAUCCUGAUUUGUUACAAAUCUUUGUGUGCUUAUUGGACAUUAGGAAAGCUUGUUAGAUUAAGAGGGAAAUAAGUUAACUGUCAAUGAUAUUAUAACUACUAACAAUGAACCAGGGCCCAAAUUAACCUUUUUUUUUAAAGUGACCACUACAUGUUUCAGGUAUUACAUAAAGUUGAAUAUCUUAAGACUAAUAAAUGGGAUGAUGAGGUAAAGAAAGCCAAUGAUAUGCUGGAAAAUGCCAAGAAGCAUAAACUCUCACAAGAAAUCAAGCCACCUCAAAGAGGAAGUAAAACAGACUUCCAAGAUACUGGUAUGAGUAAAGUACUUUAUAAAUUCAAAUUUGUUUUACAUUUAUUUCUUAAUAUGAAAACAAUGGGAAUUAUUUAUAGAAAAAUAAUGAGAUAAUAACCUCAAACUACAAAAUUAAACUUUGAUGUAAUAUUUAAGAGAUUUAAGAAUAAUUCAUAAAUUUUUAUUGAAAUCAUAUCUCUUUAACAAGACUUUUUUUUACUUCUGUACAAUAUUUUAGAAUCUAAACUCCUGUCAAGUGAAAAUUCUAUCCAGCUACUCAGGUCAAUGACAACCAAAAGUUGUGGAAAGAUAAGAACUCAGCUUACAAACAUGAAAUUAAACAUUUCCUUAUUGCAACAAAAGGUGGAAAAGGCCAGACAGAUAUUUACAUCAUUACAGGUAUGUGAGAAAUAAACAAAAAGUUGGUUAAUUAUUUUGAAUUCUUUAGCCCCUUUUCUGCGUAGUUUAUUUUUGUGUCCCUUAUUUAUGAGGAGGAAUAUAUUCAUUACAACUUUUUAUUUUCACACAAUUCAUAUUUUAUGUGUGCUGAUAUAGCCAACAACAUUAACUAUUUUGUUGUUUAUUUAGUCAGGCUUCAUUUUAGCAGUACCUGCAUUUAAAUUCUAUGAGCUUUACUGCAUUAUAAUUCCUUUAAGUACUAAUUGUAACACUUCAUUUUAUAACUUCUCUUCCAUUCAGAUUGCCAUUUCUAAAGACAGACAAAGCCACAUUCCCAUACCUAUAAUGCAAGAUAAUACAUCGUCAUUAUCACUUACAACUUCACUACAAAUACAUAUCAAGCCUUCCAGUUUGGAUGGCAUGGUUUUAUUGCUGGCUGGGAAUGAAUUCGUAAGCAAUGCUCAUAAAUAUAUUUUCCCUCCAUAACUAUGAAACAUAACUUUAUUCAUGUAGAAUAUUUACCAUAUGACAAUGUAAAAAAUGCAAUUUCAAAAUAUAAUAUUAAAAGAAUGUGAGUUGUUUUUCUCACAUUCUUUUUAAAAAACAAAUCUCCAAUUUUUGGUGGUUGCUUCAAAAUUGUAAUAAUUUAAAAAAAAAAAAAAAUUUAAAUAUUUAUAUAAAAAUUAAUUUUAUUUUCAGUCUUAUUCUUUGGAUUUUGUUUCUAACAUUGAUUUUCCCUUUCUCUGUUACUCCUAUGCUUUGCUCAACAAAACAAGCCUCUUUCACCCUUACACUUUCUCAUGAUCCUCAGUACUCUUUAUUCCUUCUACUUCUACUAUCUCUAUAUUUUCCCUUAAACUGUGCUCCCCUCCCAUGUCAUCAAAAAUAUACAUAGAGCCCCCAAUCGUAGCUUGUGUGAAGCCCCAGAAAAAAAAUUGCAUGAAGUGAAGCACACCAAAAAUUGACAGCUCGAAAGUCCUGUAAAAUAGAAUUAAUUUCUAUAAAGAUAUAUAGUAAUGGUUUUAACCUUUUUUCCCCAGGCUAUUUUAGGGAUUAUUUUGGAUAAAGGGGAAGUCAAAGUAACCAAUAGUGCUACUGUGGUGGACUUUGGAUUAACCCCAUUGACUGUGACUCAGUGGUACAAACUAGACAUGUUACGGUAAGUUGGCUAUUUUGACAUUGAGAUUAUUUGCUCUGAUAUGAAGUAAACAUGAAUUUUUCUAAAUGCACAUGUAUACAAAAUUAGGGAUGUCAAUGCCAAAUUUUUUUUACAAACUGAUUUACAGUUUCAUAAAAUUGGUUUAAAACCGGAUUUAGGUUUUUAUAAAAUAUUUUAACUGCCUGCACGACUAGGUAAUAUUUUGGCAUACUUUUAUAGCUCUUAAGUGGAGUAAAAAAAAUUAUAUCAGUUUGUUUCCACCCCUUUCCCUCCAAACCAAAACCAGGGCAGUGUGUGGUAGUUAUUUGUUCCUGGCAAACAAUAUGUUGGAAAGCUUUUUUAGUACAAAAUGUAACUGACCCACUAUCAACACAGUCAUUGUCAAAGACAUACUCAAACAUCCACCAACCCUACAAAAAGGCAGUAUGAAAAAAAGAAUUUAAAUGAACACAUAUUUAUUUUUUAUAUCAAAAUAUUUUAAUUUACUAACCAUAAAAUAAGUCUAAUUUUUAAUACCGAGUAAACAAAGAUACAUUUAUCUUGAGAUUAUAUUCACCAAUAAUUAUAAAAUAAAAGGAAUAAACAAAUAAAAAACCACAACAUUAAAUCAUAGGUACACAAACCAUCACAUUAAAACAUAGGUACACAAAGCCAUCACAAGAGACAGUCAUUACUUUUUGGAAGUAAUCUUCCUUGAAUUCAUCUAACAAGGUUAAAGCGUGCAGUAUGGUUUGACACCUAAUGCCAGUAACUAUUGUAUACUGGUACAUUUUCUGUUUGUUUAUUUUUGUGUUUACUAAAAAAAUUAAAAUUCUGGACUUUUUAAAAUCAUGAUAAAAAAAUUUGGUAUCCGAUUUGCAAAAAUCAACAACCAGUUUUCCUUUUCAAAACCGGUUUUUGUUUAACAUCCUUAUAUUAAAUGCACAGCUAGACAGAUGGAUGGAUGGACUUAGAUAGAUGUAUGGAUGGCCUAAGGGGUGUAUAAUUACAGAUUUACAGAUAUAUCAUAUUUUAACAAAGGAUUGGUGAUUCAUUUAAUCUGACUGUGACCAGCCAAGAUGGUGCUGUGCAAUCAAUUAGCAAGACGGUUGAAAUUGAAGAACUGACUCAGCCAUUACCAAGAAUGGCCUACAUUGGAGGAGUGCCAGAAACGUUAAGGGUAUCAUCUCAGGUCUCUUAAAUAGAAAUCUUAAAUUUAAUUUCAUAGUGAUCAUAAGCUUGCUUUGCUAUUCAAAUUAAGAUUUGAAUACCUGUAGGCAGAUUUAGACUAAAUGAAACAAUUUUGUGUUCUAUAAUAUUAUUUUUUAAUAUAUUUUUCUCAAAAAGAUUUCCCAAGUAAAAAAUGACCUAACAAACCAAAUUUAAAUGAUUUUUUAAAAAUAAUGAUUGCUGGUAGCAUGUUAUUUAUAUUCAACUCCUCAUUCAUAGAGUGAACGUAAGCCUUGGGAAGGAUGUGUUGGAGACUUAUUUGUGAAUGGACAAGCACUGAGUCUUUUUAGGCUAGAUAGUGAAAGAAGAGGACCAGAGCUGUGCUCCAAUCAUUGGUAACUUACAAAUCUUCAAAAUACAUGGAACAAAAUAACCAUUUAAACAAAAUUAAAGUAAAGUAACAUACAAAAUGAAAUAUUUGUUUUUAAAAAAAAAUAAUUUAUGAGGUGUGUUCAUAAUCAUCAUUUUCAAAACGCUUUAGCAAGUAAUUUAAAAUUUAACAGCAAAAUAUUUUAUUAAUUUUUUUAGACUUAAAAGAUUGCAUCAAUAAUGCUUAAAAGCCUAUUCUUCAAAAAUAUUUAUUUAUAAACUUAUCAGGCUAAGGUCCAUAAUUAUCCUCAUUACACAUCAGGAUUGUAGGUAAGAGAAACACUUCCACCGUGUUCAAUGGAAAUGGUUUUGUUCACUAUUCAAUACCUUACCAAGAAAGGACUGAGACUGUGAUUCUAAGAUUCAAGACUAAACAAAGGACAGCAAGUUUGAUGUCUAUAAACAACAAGCUAUGGGUACGUAGCAUCCUUAAUAGCUUAAAAGUAAAAACAUUUAGUAAAACACAUUUAGUUUCUUUUUUUUCAUUUUGCUAAUUUUUAUGUGAAGCCUGGUUAGCCAGCCCUAAGCUUGGGUACCACGCUAUAUAAGACCACUUUAAAAAUAAUAAUAACAAUAAAACAAGAACGCACAUUUCAGGCCUUAGAUUUAAAUAACAUAAUAAACGUUACCGGUAACAAGAUUAUUUUAUUUUCAUUUUUGAAUGUUUUAAAUAAGAUAUCAACUUUUUUCAAGAUGAAACUUACACAAUAACCUUGUAUAGCUUUAUAAUUUAUUGAAUCAGCAAGUUAAAACUGUUUAAAUUGUAACUUAUGCCAUCAGAGAUUUUAUGAUCCUGUCUAAAUAGAUAAUGAAGAUAGUCUCCAAUCAAAAAAUCUUUGGUAAAUGCAAGCUUCAGAUGUUCAAUUUAGUAAACCUUUAGUGGGUGUAAAAUCCUCUGGAUUAAAGAAUUUACUUUUUGCUGCUAGAUCUUGAUUUUAAAAAAUUGCAUUCUCCAGGUGCAGAGUGUUUAUGGCUCAUACUCACUGUGUAUGAUGAAAUACCAUCUUUAAUGAUUAUAUUUCACUCAAACUUGUCCAACAAAGUAAUAUCAGUUUUGCUCCAUGUUUAACGUUGGCACUCAUUUUAAAAAAAUUCAGAUUUAACUUAGGUUUCAUUUAGUUACCCAUAUUAAAAUAAAAUUAUUUAAGUUAAAGAUUGUAUAAUUUUCCUUCCCUGUAGAUAAAUAUGCUCAAACUUUAAAAAAAUAUUCAUUGCUGUGUAGCUUGUAACAAUAACAAACUCACCUAUGUUAAAUAUAAGAUGCAGAUGGUAGUGGUUGCCUUUUUCAUCAAGUUGCUUUCCUGUGCUCAAUGUAACAAAAUAACACAUUUGCGAUAAUUAAUAGAAUUAUUCUAGAUAUAAAAUUGAUUUCAUUUCUGUUUCUCGUUUGCAUCAGCGAACUUUUCAAACUGUUGUCUUAUCAAAUGGGACAUUAAACAUUAAAAGUACAGUAGAGGAUAAAACUAUGUGGCUAAGCUUGAAGUAUGCACUGAAGGGUGGUCAAGAUUACAUAUUGAAGGUAAUAAUGAGGAAAAAAAAGAUUUGCAAUUUUUUUUAAUGUCCAAUUUUCAAAAUUCCAAUUAAUUUUUUUUUAAAUGUAGGCCUAUUUCUAUAACUACCGGUUUAAGAUUUUUACCUAAAUUGGUUAAAUAAUGUUUAAAAAAGAUUUAAUGUCCAUUUUAUUAUUUUUAUACUUAUUACAGCUUUACACAGAUUAUAUAAUUGUUGGUGAAUUGUUUAUUUCAGAUUAUUUCUGGAAAUGGCAGGUUUUCUUUUGAACUUAAUGGAGAUAAAGCUGCUUUUUCCGAAGAAAAAUCAUCUCUUAUGGUGCCAAACAAUUUGCGGGAUGGAAUUUUAGUUGGAGCAUUUAUUUCAAAUGAUCAUCAGUUCACUAAUAGCUCAUUUAGGUGCAUCUGAUAUUAUUUAUGAUAACUUAUAUUAAUUGUACCAUUAAUUGAUACCAGGGAUAUUAAAACUAUAUUUAAAUGUACUUUUCCUUAUUCCAAACAAAAAAAGAAUAUAUUUUUAAUAUUUGGCUUCCAGACCUUUCAUUGGAUGUGUGCAGGAAGUUAACUUCAAUGACAAAAGACUUCCUUUAUCCAGUGCAGAUGAAGUUUUCAGUGCUUACCUGGGACAUUGUGAAGUUUCAAGUCUCAAUGUAAUGUGUGGCAUUUUACAAUAUAACACUAUCUUAUCCCUACUUUAAAUUUUAAUGUUUAAUUAGUGCAGAUCUGGUUACUCUUAGGUCUUUGGCAUUCAAAGGUAUGAUUUUGAGAUGUCUUUUACGAUUGUACUCAGAGACCUGUCAGCACUAGGAUUUUAAAACUGGGUUGAAAUUGAAAAAAUAUCUUCUUCGUCUACAUAUUAUAUGUUGACUUGGGGGUUGGAAGGCCUGAGGCAAUAAACGCAAAUGUUUCAAGUAUUUUCGCCUCAACUGUUCCUUUUGGAAGCUUGUUCCAGUCCUGAUUAUUUUUGAUAGGGAUGAGCAGUUCCUGUACUGGCUUCUUGCAGGUAUAAGCCGGAACUGCCUGUCAUGGCCUCGUCACUGGCUGUGGGGGAGAGGGACGAGUUUCUGUGUAAUGCUAGAGCAGUGGACCAGCCGAUUAUUUAUCUUGUACCUCAUGGAGAGCCUGGAUAGUCCUCGUUCCUCCAAUAAUGACCAGCCUAGUGUUUCCAGCAUGCUGCCAACACUAGAGGUAUUCCUUUAGAUGUUCAGGACAAAGCGUGCUGCCCAUCGCUGGACCGCCUCCAACCUGUCAAUGCUCUUCUGGGUAAAUGGGUCCCAGACAGAAGAGGCACAAUCUAAAAGCUGCCGGACAAAGGCUUUAGAGGCUCUUUCUUUCACACUGGAGUUGCCUAUCUUUAGAUUUGGCUUUAAGAACCCUAGGGUCUUAUUUUGGUGGUUGCACACAUUGUUAAAAUGCUUGUCCUAGCUGACCUCUUUUUGAAUGGUAACACCGAGGUACUUUAUGGAGUAAACUGGAACAAGUAUAUGGCCAUGCAGUUCGUAAGGGUGGUGUAGAGGAGUACAACUUCUAGACACUGACAGUGUCUGGAACUUGGCAGGAUGAAAUUCCAUGUCCCAGCUCAUCUUCCACUCAGCUAACCGAAUGAGAUCCUGUUACAGCUGGUCCUGGUCAUAUCUGUUGGCGAUCGUUCUAUACACCAUCGUGUCAUCUGCGAACAGUCUUGCUUGGGAUGUCAGUUUCUCGGGAAGUUAUUGAUGUAUGCUAGGUACAAACAGGGGCCUAGCACAGAGCCCUGACUUAACACCGGCAAAAGAGGAACUUGUACCGUCCACCACUACUGCUUGGCAUCGGUUGCUGAGAAAGCUAGUUUUAGUAGUGCCUUUGAUCCCAUAUCUCUGAAGUUUGUGUAAUAGUAAACUAUGAUUGACGCAGUCAAAUGCCUUUAAGAAGUCUGUCACCAGCACAUCAGUUUGCUUGCUGUUCUCCAGAUUGGUCAUCAAGUCUUCUACAAAUUCAAGGAGCUGGGUUUCACAUGUUCUAUUGACUUGGAGGAAGCCAUGCUUACAAUCAUUGAGUAUAUUUUGGCUUUCAAAAUGCUUCAUGACUGUGCUUAUGAUUAUGUGCUCCAACAGUUUACAUACCACGCUGGUGAGGGAUUUCGGAUGAUAGUUGGCAGGGUUGGAAUGCUCCCCUUUCUUGUAGAUUGGCGAGACAUGCGCUGUUCUCCAGUCUGCUGGAACAUUGCCUGUGCACAGUGACGAUUGGAAGAGGAUUGUCAGUGCAGGAGCAAUUUCUGUGGUGUGUUUUUAGUGUGUUCACCUGAAAUUCACAAUAUGGUAUGCAUUGGUCUGAUAUCCUGGGUAUGACCGCAACUUUUGGGAUGAGAUGUGGACUGUUAGUGAGGAGUAGGUCAAGAGUAUCCCCCCCCUUGUGGAUUCUUUAACCAGCUGUUCCAAACCAUGAUUGUUCAUCAUCUCCUUGAAGUAUGAGUGUAAGACAGGGUAUGGGACUUGGUCUUCAAGGCCAAUUCCAACCAGGAAAGUUAAAAUCCCCCCCAUAAGGAGAGAAGUGUUCUUCAACUGUGUUGCUCUCUGAAGCGAUACCUCGAGCCUCCUCAGGCUUGGUUCAUCUGCUGUGUUGGGUCUGUAAUAGAUACAAACGUAAAGUGUGCAUCAGUUUCACCUUCACCCACAGUAGCUCGCAGUUAUCAACAUCUAGUUUUGGAACAGCGUGACAGUCCAGGCUGUCAUGGACAGCAACAAGUACUCCUCCUCCCCUGUCUUUUUUGUCUCGCCUGAAUAAUUUGUAAUUAUCCGGUACAACCUCUGCGUUGGCUAUGGGGGGAUUCAGCCUUGUUUCUGUGCCCAUUGUGAUGUCAGGUUUUAAGCUGUUUAUCAGGUUUGCUUUCUCUACUCUCUUCCCGCUUGUCAUCUUUUGCGCAAUGGUCUGUGUUUCCAUUUGUCCUGCUGUCUACAGUGCAUAGCAGUUGAACAGUGUGGUGGCUUAAAACUUUGAAUGUCCAUGGGUGUGGAGCAUGAAAGAUUCAGGGAGAAAUCUGGGAAGGUAGAGUCUGUCCCUGCACUAUGGAGGUCAAACACAGAAUGGGUAUUCUGGCCGCCACAGAAAGUAUAGUACCUCGGCACGCCAGAAUUUUCAGUAUGCUGGUUGUAAUAGGCUGUGUCGAUGAUUUGGCAUUGAACAUGGAACUAUUGCCCAUAUUGUUCACAGGCAACGCCUCUGUCCUGCCACCGUACAGCAAGGUCACAAGUACUGCAGAAUCAUGAUGAAUGGGAUUUGGAACAUGAGCGGGUAUGCAAGGGAGGAGAGCCAUCACUUGCAGCAACAUUCAGUCCAGGGGGAUUAGGAAAAAACCAACAAAAAAUUUUUGGUUGUUUGUUUUAGCUUCUUUCUACAUCUUGCAAUGACAUAUGAUUGGCUGGGGACCAUUCAUAAUUAUAUUGAUUAGACACACUGAGAGGGGAAAGGACCAGGGUGGAGGUCUAGUGACAAAUUUAGUCAAAAUUCACUUGUUUGUGACAUAAUCAUUUCAUUCUUCGGCUGAUCCGUGGCGACUGCAAAAAACUGAGAAAACUAUGGCUUUGCUUUUUUUUAAAAAUGCAUUCUCAACUGCUCCACACUGCAGUGCUAGAUUUUAAAAUAUUUUGUAAGAUCUAGUAAGCAGCAUUUGAAUCUAUUUUUAGAAGUCAUUCAGAAGCAGUACAGUUUUAAUACCAUAGCACUUAACUUCCCUUCUCCCAAUUCUGCUUGCUGCAGCUAUUAGUAUUAGACUAUGAUAAGUUAACAGAAAACCAAAUCAGGCUCCUAGUCUUAAUGCAUGGGUGACCAACAUGCAGCCCUCCAUGUUAAAUAUCAUGUAUAUUCAUUUGUAUCGCAAAUGGAGUUAUUCCUUCAUUUAAUUAGUAAUUAUUUUAAUUCUUUGCAUUAAAUCACAUUUUAAAUUUAUAUAUACAGGAACAUCACUUUUUGUGAUAGUAUACGACAUUUUGCUGUAAGCACCACUUUUGAAAAUCAUUUUUUUUAAUAAAUUGAACUAAGUACCAGUAUCUCAAAUAAAAAUUAUAAAACAAAUAUACUACAUUAGUAAUUACUAAAAUUAGAAGGUAUUAUAUAAACAUGGCUAGGUAUAGGGAACCUAAUUUUCCACACGCAUUUCUUUAGUUGUUCUCCAAUUAAGUGUAGAAUUAAAUGAUGCACUAUAUUCAGGUUUGAUCAAAGUGCAUCCUUGCAUUUUGAAUUUAUUAAAAAAAUUCGCUUUCACCCCCUCUUCCGUUCCUGUGACUUUUGUGGUGUCCACAAUUUCAGCUCCCCACCAUAUCUUUCUUCUGUCAAAGUAGCAAAAGACGGGCACCAUUUUGUUUGCAAAAAAGCACUAUAUAUAAAUAAUAUAUACCUACUUAAACAUCAGUCAUCUACUUUGAGAAGUGACCUUUUUAGACAUGCCAUACAAAUCAUCAGCACCAGGCAUGAGAAGUGACCUUUAUAGACAUGCCAUACAAAUCAUCAGCACCAGGCACAGAAACAUUGCAAAUCCCCUCUAUAUGCAUAGGAGCUAAAAUGAUCAAUAAAUUGAUCCUGGGCCCUUAAUAUAUAGAAGAAGAAAUAGUAAUAGUAUGUCUAUUUAUUUAAAUUACAAUAUAACACAACAUUGUAAAAUUUUUAGAUGGUACAGUACUAUUCUGAAACAAGAUUAUACUAUUUUGUAGUUAGUAAUGACAAAAUAGUCUCCAAAACAAAUGAAUGCUGCUUGAGAACUGAUUUUACUUUUUUAGAUAGGUUCUGCAAGCUACCAUAGUAUUUAAUAGAAAAAACAUAUAAUUUGAAGUACGAUAACUUUAACAAAGAACUUUUCAGACAUUUUAGCCCUCAUUAAUUAAGCAAUGUUCUUAAACUGUCUGAGGACAGACAACAUAGAGCAGUCAUUAAAUUGUAAACAUUGAUACUGGUAUUACUAUACAUAUACAGCAACUAAUUUUAAUGCUUUGUCUUUCCCUUGUGAUUCACUUUUUUUGCUUGAUGCAAAGUUGUUUCUUUAUACUCUCAACUCCUUAGUUUGUAGAAUGUCUUGUUAUUUUAAAUUUUACCAGUAAUUGUGUGCUUCAUAGUUAUUUCAUUAUAAUGUUGUGCUUACUUAGCACUUCCUUUCAUUUUUUUUUUAUUUUUUUUUUUAUUCUGGUCUUUUCUAGAUAUGGCAAUCAUGUUGGCAAUGGAUUAGAGGUAGCAAGUCUCUGAUACUUGAGGAAGUUAAUGAUUCUAACAGGAUCUCAAUAUUGGUGUCUCAAGAUGCUCAAGGCAUGUUGCUACAUUAUUCUAAAAAAGAUGUAAGUAUUUAUAAAUAUUCAUCCCUAAAUGUAAAAGUAAAAACAUUUAAACGAAACUGAGACAUAAGUAAUGGCAUUUAAUGUCUUUGUCUAAGUGAGCUCCAAAUAAAAUUUACAUGUGUGCUUUCUGUAUAUUACAAGGCCAAAUCCUUUUCCACAACAGAAAGGCAUAACUUAGCAUAAUUUAAAACUACAAAGAUUUUUCCCAUUUUUAAAAAAGCUAAAUGAUCUUUUUGGUUGCAAAGAAACUGUUGUGUUGACCAUCAUUAUUUAUGCAGGGCACUACAACACCCACGCAGAUCUAUAAAAAUAAUAUAUAUGUGAAUUUAAAGGCUUAGAUUACGUUGCAUAAACCUGAAUGUAUUUAAAAUGUAUUUAUUUUUUUUUACUAAAAUCUGUUCUAUGAAAUAGUUUAAAAUUUAAUAAGUUAAAAAUACAAUAUUAAUAUUUAACAUUUCAGAAAUUCAGGAUUAAUGUGUUACUGAGAAAAGAUGGUAUCACUUUAACAUCACAAGAUAAAAAGUAUGCUAUCAGUCGACCCAGUAAAUAUGAUUCUUGGUUCUAUGCCAUUACAGUUACAGACCUAGGUAAAAAGUAAGUACUAUAUAAAGAUAUCAUUUGUCCAACUUUGAUGGUUUGCAAUAUUUAACUUAAAAUUUCAUAAGUUUUAACAAGUGAAAUAAAUUUGUUAACCCAAUUUUAAAAUAUUCUUUUGCCAAUAAAUCUAUGGAGCAGGUGUUCGAAAGAUGUUUCAUUUUUCAUGAGCUCUAACAUUUUUUAAAACAGUAGACUUUUUUAUAUUACAUGUGAUACUCUCUGUAAAAAUAACACACUUUUUAUUUUAUGGCUACCACUACUACUACUACCAGUUGUACAAGUAGUGUGACAUACAUUUAAGUAAAUAAAAGAAAUCUUACACUGCCUUUCAGAGUGUUGGUAAAAGCUUGGAACCAAACUGAAGUCAUAACAUAUGAAGAGGGCUGGUUUACCUUUUUUAGAAGACCAGACAUGAGCCAGCCUCAUACAAUAGUAGUUGGUGAUCAAAGUGAUGAGCGGCCAUUUACAGGUGGUGCGACCCAGUUUGUUGUAGGAAAUAGGUAAAAUGACUUUUUGCAGUGUACUGUAAAUCAAGAGGGGAAGGAGUAACUAAUGGCAAAAAGAGCUUAUUACAUUUGUUUAAACAGUAGGCCUUUUUUUAUAAUAAAGAUUACUAACUGUAUUAAAUACUAUUAUGUAGUCAUGUAGGAAACAAAGAUUUUUAUUAGUUCAGAAUUUAAUGGUAAGCCUGUAAAGUUAGGAUAAAAUGCCUAGCAUUUAAAAAAAUAAUUUAAAAAAGCAAAUAAAAAAUUACCAUUGUCACCUCAUGCUAAUGUACGGUAAACAACGAAAUAUGAAAUUUUUAGUGCUUGCCAUAUCAUGUACAUUAACGAAAAUCAACUUGUUUUUAAAACUUCCGGUAAGUAAGAUGUUGCUCAAGGUCAAUUUUCCAACAAUUGAAUUGUAACGGUACCGGGUACGUCAAUACCACCAGCAUAGAAUUUUAAAAUUGCAAUUUAUUUUUUGCCUUUUUUCAUACUGUGGUCACAUGGUUUGUCAAAGUAACUAUAAUAUCAAUUUGCUGAUUCAUUUACUGUCUACAAGCCAGGAGGGUUGACAAACCCAGCACAACUAGUGGGAAAAGUGGUUUUAUUUCAACUGUAACUGACAAAUCUCUAGGAUCAAAUGGAUUAGAAAGUUAUUUAAUCUUUUUUUUUCAACAUGCAUAGUAAAAUUACUUAAAUUUAAACCAAAACACAUUGUACCCAACUCAUUCUUUAAAAUCUACUCAUUGGUAGAUUGUGAAAGUAAUUUCUUUAUUCACCCCCCCCCCCCACAUUUUUGUACAGCACAUAGCUAAAAAAAAAUGAGCUUCCCAUCUCUACAAAGUUAUUUUCAUAUACAUUUAGAAACACUGAAAUAAGGUAGUUAGUAAGAUAAUCAAGUAUGGUAUUUUUCUGUGUAACAGAAUUUUAUUUAAUACGGUAUACAUUGUUUAAAAUUAUUGUCCAAUAUAUAAAAUUAUAUUUUUUAUUUCUACAAAUUUAUUCAUAAUAAUAAUUAUUUACAAAUGUUAUCUAUUCACAGACUUCAUGAUCUCAGCACUUUUUCCGCAACCCAUAAACUUUCACAUUGUCAAAAAAUGCAGGAAGUCAGACUUGAGCUUAACCACAUGUUCACUCAAACAUGCUCUUACGCUUAAUAACUAUUUAGAUUUAAGAGAAACGGAUUCUACACUUGCACUGGUGCAUAGAGACAACAGUGUCGCUGAGCUGAUCACAUUUGUGACCAAAAGUUCCUAUUUUUUGUGUAUUGUUUUGUUUUUUUUAAACACAAGAACAUCAUUAUAAUUAUAUCUCCAAAGUAUUAAUACUAUUAACCUUUAUUCAAAGUUGUUUUUUUAAAGAAUGCUCAUGAAAAUUUUUACAUGUAUUAAAAAAGUAAUAAAACAUUUGUUUUCAUCUCCUUGUCUACAAUAUUAACGAGAACUACAGCAAAUUAAAUAAUUAUUUUUAUAGAUAAAUAAAAAUUACCAUUAGCUUCAUCAAAUGCAGCUUGAUGUCAUUUUAAAAAACACAUAUAU